UGGACGUAGUUGCGUCCUGCGCAUUUGGAGAGGAGAGCACUUCGUCAGCUGCAGCUUUCCCCGAUGACUUAGUAUCUGACUCUCAUCCGGACUUUAAGUAAUUCCUCCCUGUCAUCUUUCCUGUCCCCUAAUAUCGUAAAUCGACAGAUAUUUUGUAUACGUGUGGUUGGUGUCUGUUUGGACCCCCCCCCCCCUGAAUUUCGAAGUCUAAUACCGCAAACUGCGAUCCUGGGUCCAGCCUGACUGCCGGGGUGUGCGUAUCGCACCGAGAAGCACCUCCUCCAGCUCUACUCCUGCAGUUGUGGAACAGUAUUAUCGGUCAGCAUGUCACAUUUGUCAGGAUUUGUGAGUUGAUACCGCGCGUUUCCAUUAUAAGGCUCUGAAUGCUUCAGCUCAUGACUGAGAUGUUCUCCUGAGUUAAAUUUCACAUUUUGACUAAGGCUUCCCUGGAAAAUAGUCACCUGACAGCACAUAAUGGCUUCCAAUAUAAUUGUGGAACAGCAGUUUUCUCACAAAUUCACUGUGACAGUGGUUCGAGCCGAGAGCGUCACUAAGGGAGCGCUGGGUGACCUAUUGGACACACCAGAUCCAUAUGUGGAGCUGUUCAUCCCGACAGCCCCGGAGAGCAGAAAGAGGACCAAGCACAUAGACAACGACAUCAACCCAAAAUGGAACGAGACCUUUCACUUCAUAUUAGACCCCAACCAGCAGAACGUCCUGGAGUUAACAUUAAUGGAUGCCAAUUAUGUGAUGGAUGAAACCCUCGGGACGGCGUCCUUCGACAUCACCAAGCUCAGAGUGGGCCAAACAAAGAUGGAGACUUUCCUCAUUGGAAAAGCAACCAAAAUAUACUUAGAGAUGUUGCUGGAGAUAUGUACCAAACUGGACCUGCGGUUCAGCCUGGCCCUGUGUGACAAAGAGAAACAGUUCAGACAAACCCGCAGGGAGAGAGUGAUGCUGGGCAUCAAGAAGCUGCUAGACAUGGAGAAACCUCGUUUCCUCCCCAGCUCUCCGGAGGAGGUACCAGUGAUAGCCAUAGCAGGCUCAGGAGGCGGUUUCCGUGCCAUGGUCGGCUUCUCAGGGGUGAUGAAGGCCCUGUUUGAGUCCGGGGUCCUGGACUGUGCCACAUAUGUUGCUGGCCUUUCUGGAUCCACGUGGUACAUGUCCACUCUCUAUUCCCACCCUGACUUUCCAAAUAAGGGCCCAAAGGACAUCAACCCGGAGCUGAUGAAGAGAGUUAGUAGUAACCCCCUGAGGCUGUUGCUGCCCCAACACAUCACCAACUACAUCCAGGCUCUGUGGACCAAAAAGGCCUCGGGGCAGCCUGUUACCUUCACUGAUAUCUUCGGUAUGCUCAUAGGAGAGACACUUAUACCUGCGAGGAUGGACAUCAAGCUAAGUGACAUCCAGGAGAAAAUAAACCAGGCACAGAGCCCCCUUCCUCUCUUCACAUGUCUGCAUGUCAAGCCAGAUGUUUCUGAGCUCAUGUUUGCAGACUGGGUGGAGUUCAGUCCAUAUGAAAUUGGGAUGGCAAAGUAUGGCACCUUUAUGACCCCAGACAUGUUUGGAAGCAAGUUCUUCAUGGGAACUGUUGUGAAGAAAUAUGAGGAGAACCCUCUUCAUUUCCUGAUGGGUGUGUGGGGAAGCGCCUUCUCGAUUCUGUUCAACAGAGUUCUGGGAGUCAAAGACACAGCUGGUGGCAGCACCAUGGAGGAGGAGUUAGAGCAGAUCAAACCGCAGCACAUUGUCGGAGAAGACAGUCUGGACAAUGACGACGAGCCGCGCAAAGGUGGGACAGAGAACCAGGAGGCAGAGGACGAGUUUCAUCGCACCGCUCAGGCCAGCUGGGUUCAGCGAAUGUUCACAUCGCUCUUCAGUGACUCCGCCUUGUUCAACACAAGGGAGGGCCGGGCCGGGAAGGUGCAUAACUUCAUGCUGGGCCUGAACCUGAACACCAGCAUCCCCUUCUCUCCAAUCACUGAGGUCAUGAGUCAUGCUGCUCCACCUGAGGAGGAGGUGGAUGCCGUCACAGACCCAGAUGAGUUUGAUCGUAUCUACGAGCCUCUGGACGUGAAGAGUAAGAAGAUUCAUGUGGUGGACAGUGGCCUAACCUACAACCUCCCCUACCCUCUCAUCCUCCGGCCGCAGCGCGGUGUUGACCUCAUCAUCUCCUUCGACUUUUCUGCACGGCCGAGCGACUCCAGCCCGCCAUUCAAGGAGCUCUUGCUAGCAGAAAAAUGGGCUCGGAUGAACAAGCUCCCAUUCCCCAAGAUCGACCCCAAAGUCUUUGACCGCGAGGGCCUGAAGGAAUGCUACGUCUUCAAACCAAAGAAAGGAGAAAAGAACUGCCCAACUGUCAUCCACUUUGUCCUAGUCAACAUCAACUUCAGGAAAUUCAAAGCGCCUGGUGUUCCCAGAGAGACUGAGAAGGAGAAGGAGUUGGCAGAUUUUGACAUCUUUGAUGACCCAGAGUCACCUUUCUCCACCUUUAAUUUCCAGUACUCCAACGAGGCCUUCACCCGACUCCAUGACCUCAUGGAGUUUAACACUCUCAACAACCUGGAGGUUAUUAAAGAAGCCAUCAAGGAUUGCAUUGUCUCCCGGAAGGAGAACCCCUCAGGCCUCUCCCUUCCCUUCUCCCUCAGUGAGAUCCCGAAAAAGAAGUUUCGAAGAGAUCCUCACCUAAAACCUUGGAAUCACUUGGGAAAUGAUAACUAGCCUUGUUUGGCUAAGCUGGAGACUAUAAGAGGACUUUAGGGAUUUUUGUAGAGUCUGUCUUAAGGUAAAUCAUUUUCUUUUUGGAAAAUGCCAUCAUUUUGAUCUCUUCUCAGUAUACUGUACUUUUAAUCAGGAGGAUUUAUUAAACUCUAGAUUUGAGAUAAGUGUAUGUAAAGAACCUUAACGUUUACCAGUUUUAAAAAGCCUUAUGAUUGCAUUCAUAUACAACACUGAAAAAUUUCAUUUGGCUUUAUUUACACCAAUGUGACGACUGGGAAAGCUGUUGGUGUUUAUUGACCACAAAGAGCUGUUGGUUGCUUUCCCUGUUGACUGUGGGAAAGACUGGAUGUUGAAAACACCACAGUUUGACUGGAUUGUUACAGCUAACAUCUGGCUCCAUCACAAACAGCUGGAGUUUGUUUGUUUUUGUGAGCUUGUUUGAGAAUCCCAAACUAUUCUAUCUCUUAGUUCUUGUGUUUGAAAGAAGUGUGCUCAUCCACCUCACUAUUGCAUAAUGUGAAAUUCUAUGCCAGCUACAACAUUCCCAGUUCAACUCUUGGCUUUAGUUCAUGCUGCCUAGAGCGAAGUUGCAUUUGCAUCUUUCCUAUGACUUUGUGUGCAGCCAUUCUUUCUUUUCUAAAUUUUGCUCUGAGCUGUGUGGACGCACCAUAAAAAGCCUCACCUGUACUGUACAUGUUUGUGAGCUCAACUCUUUCCAUAUUGAACGUGCGACUACAGGGAAUGCAAAUCGGCAUGGUUUUUUUUUUUGUUUUUUUUUCACCGGAUGGCUCGUCUAAACAUGUAAUCCUGUUUGAAAACAUGGAAGAGACGCUCGUAACCAUUGGUUUUGUUUGAUGGCAACUCCUAAACACACCAAGUGCACCCCCUCUGGAUACCUCAAACAUCUCAAUGAUGUUUACCCACCUACAGGGAAGGAGCACUCCCUGCUUCCCUGUAGGGAGUGUCUCAUAUUAAAGCCACCAUUUUGGAAAAACAAAACUUGAUACCAUAGAAACGGGCUCGCUUCUUCUCUCCCAAUCUCUUUCUUUCUCUCCAGGAGGAUAAAGGUAUGUUUACCUCCCUGACCAUGUUGUUUCAGGCUGGCUUUUAGAUUCAGCCAGUUUGUUUCUCAGGCCAUUUCCUCCUCCAACAAAACCAUCUCGCUGCAGGACCCCCACCCCCAGGCAGCCCCGUAUGAUUAGAGGGGAGCUUUGGUCAGAAGAAGGGAAGGCUGGGUGGAGUGGUGAGUGCAAUCACAAGACCCACUUGCAGCCAAAAAUGGUGGCUCUCUGCAGCACCCAGUGGAAUUUUACACACUACACCUACACCUGCAGCAGUGGAGGCCUGGAAUCUGACACACUACACCUAUACCUGCAGGGGCACAAAGGCUGUACAUAGAGCAGUGGAAUUUUACACUGAAGUGCCUCCGACCCCUAUAUACUCAUGUUUCAGCCCCACUGUUCUGGACGAAACUGAGAAAAUAAAGAAAGUAUUCUGCGGUCUUGAAGCAGGAUUCAUGACCAACAAACCUUUGCAACCUGCAUUUAAGUUACCUGCAUUUAAGUUUUUUUUUUUUUUUUUUAGCAGAUGGUUUGUGUUUGUUUUGGGUUUUCUGUUUGUUAGCUAGUUAGAUAUUAGUAGCAUUUUCUUAAGUUUUAAGAAAUUGUUUGGGUGAUAUGUUUUGUUACUUAUUCACUUUCCUUCUUUUUUUGAUACCACUCUCGUAUCUGUCUGUUACAACCAGAAAGCCAAAGUUAUGAUGUCUGGGUUAGCCUCUGUUUCACAAUCUUCUGUAAGAAAAUCUGCAUCCACUACAGCACUUCCUAUUAGAAAUCAAAACUUACUGCAAACCUUGGCCUUGUCUGGCUCUAUCCAAAUUUACAACAAUUAAAAUGUACUAAUCUUUAGAGGUGCUGGAAGGUGGAUAUUGUUACUCAAAACAGCAAAACAGGUGGAGAGCACCUGGCUAACUGUUCCCCCCUUGUUUUCAGUCUUCAAGCUAAGCUAAGCUAACCAGCUGCUGGCUGUAGCCUUAUACUGUAUGUAAUGAGCAGACAUGAGAUCUUUCCUUCAAGGUCAGUUUUCAAAAAAAGCAAAGAAGAAAUUUUUCCUUAAUGUGGAAAUAUUCCUUUUAGACAGAGUUUAUACUCGAAGCUAUGUGCAGCAAAAGCAUUGAUCAUUUUAUGAAUCCUGUCAAACUCAUCUGUCUUUUUUGUCUUUGUAGCAUUAGUAGCAUCAUGUCAGUUAAUUUAGAAAGCAUACAUGAACUGUUGCAAUUUUCAUUUGUUUGUCUCUCAUAUUACAAAUUAUGAUCAUCAAUAAUGUUUACAAAUGUACAAGAUGCUUAAUAGUCUGUUCUAGGGAAUCAAGACAUGUACAGAAAUACUGCAGAGACCUUUAACUGUUUGUAUAACAACUGGCCAAGCACAACAUACAUAAUGUUUAUGUGACUCGUAAAAAGAUGAUAAUAAAACUGAGAAUUUA